CGAUGUUUGUUAGCUACUCAUGGCGAACUAAAAUAGUAGUUGCACUUGCUACAAGACGUGUUAAUAGAAGAUAAAAUGUCAAAAAAUAAUAGUUUGAAAUUGUUCACCAAAACUUGGUCUCCUGACCGUGUCAUUGCAAAAAACAAUGUUGAUAAAGACCGACCAUUAACAGCAACAUUAGAAAAACCAACUGUUUUAGACAUUAACCUGAUAGGAAAAAUUGACAUGAGCACCAUAAGAAAGGAAUUCUUGAACAUAUCAAACUUAUGUCGUUUGCCUCUAAUUUUGAAAUCUAAAAAAAUGAAAGGUGUAAUAAGUAGACCGGCAACAGUAAAAUUUAAAAAAACAAAGCGUAGUGAAACCAGCGAAGAUAGUCUCGACGAAGAAAACAUAAGUGUGAAAAGUGCCAGAAAAUCAAAAGUACCUAGACCGAACAACCGAUUAAAACAACUUGAUGCCAUUUCUAAGCAGAGCAGUAUUAAAAAAAGUGUCAGUGAUCCUAACAAUAAUAAAUCUUCUGACGGUAAAAAUGUGGUGGAUAUUAAAAUUUUAAAAUUACCACGGAAAAAUUUAAAUGAUGAUGUAAACGUAUCGAGUAAAUUUUUAAGUCAGCCUUGCACAACUUGCGGCAGAGCAAACCAGCCGGAAAGGUUUCACAGUCAUCCUGCAACACCACUGAAAGUUGGCAAGAAAGUGGAAGAGGUGCAAAAAAUACCUGUAAAAAGUAGUGUGCAAAAGCCUAUCGCCAUGAAGUAUAAGUCCAAAAACAAUCCUGAUAAACAACCUAUUUCGAACGUGAAAAAGCCAUCACUUCCAUCACAAAAACUGCUCCACACACCUCCAAAAACUGCAUGUAAAGAAGAGAGCCCCAAAACUACAAGAGCAUGGUCAGCCAAAAAAUUACUAACUUGUAAUAUUUGUGGACGAGAAUUUGGGACUGCUUCUCUACCUCUACAUGAACCGAAAUGUUUAGAGAAAUGGGAAAGAGAAAAUCCAAAUACUGUAAACUUAAGACCCACAUUUCUCGACAAUUCACAUAAUGCACUUACACAAGACUAUCCCAAUAAGCAAACAGAGAAUGAUAUUCAGACAACCCUACAGCCUUGUGAUAACUGUGGCAGGACAUUUUUCCCAGAGAGGUUACUGGUGCAUCAAAGAAGUUGUAAAACCCCUCAACCGAAAAUGCACAAACCACUGCUCCAUUGCACAGCACUUGAUCCCAUUUUCGAUCGACGGAUGAGGACCGUGGUCAACCGCCUGAGAUUGUCUGAUUACAAUAAAAAUUUAUUGGUUCACAAAAUGUAUUUACAGAAAAAAAGUACUGAGCAACUUGCACCGUUUGUGGGCAAUACAACAGAUUAUACAUCAACAGAUUCUAACUGCCUUUGCGAUCAAAUAUACCAACCAAAUUCAUUGAGUGUGCACGAAGAAAACUGCUUGAAAAAAUGGACCGAAGAAAAUACUAAAGUUGUUUCAGUUGAACCAGAAUUAACAAUAGAUCAAAAAACAAUACCGUCAGUAUCAAAACAGGAACUUCUUAGGAUACCAUCAGCAAAAAGGCCACCUCUUUUCCCCUGUUACUUAUGUGGAAAAUUGUUUACUGUAAACUCUAUUUAUAUACAUGAACGUCAGUGUUUGAAGAUGUGGAAAGUGGAAAAUGAAAAACUACCACCACAUAAAAGACGACCCCAUCCUCUUAAACCUGACAUCAGAUUUACAGACGAUGGUAAAAUCGAUUACGCAGCCACCAGUGAGGCAAAUUGGCAGAGUCAUCUCAGUCAAUUAGUUCCUUGUACACACUGUAUGAGGACGUUCAAUCCUGAUCGGGUGGACACACAUGAAAAAAGCUGCAAGGGCUAAUUUCAAAACUGUCUAAGGAGGCUUUCAGCUUAUAUCUAGAUGGUAUCAUUAAAAAAAAUCAGUUCCAAUUGGACACUGAAAUAAGUGGAUAUAUGAGUGCCUCAAGUUGGAAUGUCCGAGAGGUCAACCUACAGAUCUAAGUAUCAUACAACAUACAGAACGAACAACAUUGUGCAAUUCAUAAUUAUUGUAGAUUCUUUGAUUCGUAUAUCUAAUUACAUUUUAAAAAUACAAUAAUUAUACAAAUAUUAAUUUGUGAUAUCCUCCAAAAAUAUGAAAAUUGAGUUUGUUUAGGUUCUUAGAUAUACUUAAUAAUACAGAUAGUGAACAUAGUAUAAAGAAACAGCUUUAGACCUUUUAACGGAAACAUUAGAAUUAAACAUGGAUCUCAAUAUAUUAAAUAGAUAUACUGUAAACAUUAGAACUGAGAAUCAUGUGUUAAAGUGUGAUUAUAUUUAAAUACGAUAUAAUACAUUUUGAAUUAAUCCUG